UAAACAGCAUCUCGGCGUUCCCGUAGCUUCUAGCAGCGUCCAGCACAGGAUGACGUCACGGUGACGUCAGCUGUCGGUGCGGCUCCCCCUCCCGGUAACCCAGAACUCCCUGGAAUGUUCCUCCCCCGGUCAUCGCGCACAUGAAACGCGUCACUGCGCCGCUGUGAACCGGGGUUGUGGUUGGACGUGGAGGCUGCGGCUCUCCAUAUCGGUAUUACAGAAGAAGGCUCUUUUAUCCGCAAUCCUGGAAUAUCACUGAUACCCGGACCACUGAUCAUGUUGUGCUGGGGAAAUGCUUCCUUUGGGCAACUAGGACUAGGGGGAAUUGAUGAAGAAAUUGUCAUAGAACCCAGAAGAUGUGACUUUUUCCUAAAUAAAGCAAUCCGUGAUGUUGGAUGUGCCAGCAGGCAUACUGUGUUUGUUUUGGAUGAUGGGACGGUCUAUACAUGUGGAUGCAAUGAUCUAGGACAAUUAGGACAUGACAAAGGCAGGAAAAAGCCAGAACAAGUUGGAGCUCUCGAUGCUCAGAAUAUUGUUGCUGUCUCCUGUGGGGAAGCACAUACACUGGCCCUCAGUGACAAAGGACAAAUGUUUUCUUGGGGUCUAGCCAAGGAUGGGCAGAUAGGUCUAUCUGUGAUAGAGGAGAAUGUCAGAAUACCGAG